UUCUACCCAUUCACGUAGCAUGUCUAGGGUAAGGGAUCCUUUGGUUGUUGGUCGUGUAAUAGGGGAUGUGUUAGAUCCCUUUGAACGAUCCAUAUCUAUUAGGAUCACUUACAACAAUAGAGAGGUCAAUAAUGGCUAUGACUUUCGGCCCUUGGCCCUGUUAAACCAACCUAGGGUCGAAAUUGGAGGCAAUGAUCUCAGGAUCUUUUACACGCUGGUAAUGGUCGACCCUGAUGCUCCAAGUCCAAGUGAUCCAAACCUGAGAGAGUAUUUGCACUGGCUGGUGACUGACAUCCCUGAAGGAACCGAUGCAACUUUCGGUAAAGAGAUAGUGUGCUAUGAGAGACCAAAUCCAACAUCUGGGAUCCACCGCUUUGUAUUUGCAUUGUUUCGGCAACUGGGUAAGCAGACUGUGUAUGCUCCAGGGUGGCGUCAAAAUUUCAGCACCAGAGACUUUGCUGAGCUUUACAACCUCGGGCUACCAUCUGCUGCUGUCUAUUUCAACUGCCAAAGGGAGGGGGGUUGUGGUGGAAGGAGGACUGGUCUGAACCAUUAAAACAUGGUAUCAAAGCGCUAAACAAAAGGAGAAGAAGGCUGCGGUUUCAAGUACCCUGACCUGCGAUCUCCUCUUCUUCUUCUUUUCUUAUUCUCUGGGCUGCUGUGGCGAGGUUUUUUUUGUAAUCCAGGACUGUCGCAAUCCUCAUUACAGGUGUUAAGAAGGUGCAGCAGCUCUAGGACAACAGUUCUAAUACUGUUGUCACCAUGAGUGACAGCCCUAGUAGUCAUGUGGUGGUGUUUGUGGUGUUCCAGACCCUCUAUUGAGCAGUUUCAAGAGGAUUCUUGGUGGUUGUUUGAAUAACAGUCAUGGUGGUUGGUUAUCAGUAGUGGUGUGAAAAAAAAAGAAAAACAAAUUGGGCUGAAAGAGUGGCCGAAUGUGUCUGAAUGGUGGUUUACAUCAAGCUCUUUGAUUGUGACUAAUUGAGAGAUUGUUAUAAGUGAUGUGGAGACAAUGGCAGUAUUUGUUUGGUGGUUGAUAAUUCAGAAUUAGAAAUAGUAUUGGGGAACACAAUAGCAGAAACUGGAGAUGGUGGUAGUGAUCAGAAAUCUGGUUUGAUGAUCCCCUCAAACUAUCUAGGUGUGCAGAUGACAUCAAUUAAACUUAAUGGUGAAAAUUA